UAAACCAGUCCUUUGGCCACGCGGUUAAACCUGGUAGUGGCACUUCGUAAAGUCGGUUUAAACUAAGCUUAAAGUAAGCUCGAUUUUGUUCUGAAGUCUAUAGCAUCCGCAAAAGCUAAGGUAAAUGUAUAACGUCUCAUAUUCUUGCGUAGCAUUUGACAAUGAGUCGCUGGCUGUACGCUGCAUCGUAGCUCCUAAAUAAGAAAAUGAGCUGAUACCAAGCUGCCUCUGGACGUUGCUACACUGUCGUAUGACCAAUGUUUGUGCAUAUUUCUACGAAGAAGAUCAUUUUUAUUCCGAAAGAAUAAAAUAAUAUUGACAGUGAUGGUGACAUCACUUAAAAUCGCGUUCACAGAUCUAGACACUACGGAAAUAUUGCCUUUAGUGAGGGUUUGGUUUGCGUGAAUCUGGUGCUUAGAGUAAGCCGCAGUCUCCAAUUUGAUAUAAUUGGGAUAAAAGGAUGAACACCUUGCUUUUUGGAGAAGCUUUGUCAGCCAGUAUGAUUACAACACUACCCGGCAGUGGUGCACCAACGGCCGGUUCUGCCCUGCGGAAUGACUUGGGGUCAAAUAUUCAUGUCCUGAAGACACUGAAUCUGCGGUUUCGUUGCUUCCUCGCCAAAGUCCAUGAACUGGAGCGCCGAAACAAACUAUUAGAAAGCCAGCUACAGCAAGCUUUGGAACGAUCACGGUAUCAAGGUUUCUUCAGUCGUGAAGUUGCCGUCCAAACGGACUCACAGGAAUCCAGACUCCCGGGCACAAUCUGGAGUUUUACACACGUGCGGAGGCAUGGGGGACACUUUGAAACUCUCCAAGGACCAGGAGUGUCCUGGACGCAUCCGGACGGUGUUGGGGUACAGAUCGAUACCAUCACCCCAGAAAUUAGAGCGCUUUACAACGUUUUGGCCAAAGUCAAACGGGAGAGAGACGAGUACAAGAGAAAGUGGGAAGAAGAGAUGUCCAGACGAGAGCAGAUGGAGUCAAUGGUGGAGACACUCCAGGAGAGCACUCAGGACUCGGUAGCCAUUCAGGAAGAGCUAAAGAACAAAAUGGAGAGGUUAAAGGCUGAGCUGGUGGUCUACAAAAGCCUCGUCUCUGAUGGUGGCCGUCGUCUCAGCUCUUGUUCUAGAGCUGCAGAAAACCAGAGGCAGUUCCUCAACCUUAAACAAAUGUCGGAGCUGGAUUCAAAGAUCCAGGAGAAGGCCAUGAAAGUGGAUAUGGACAUCUGCAGGAGGAUCGACAUCACAGCAAAACUCUGUGAUGUGGCACAGCAGCGAAACUCAGAAGACAUGUCCAAAAUGUUCAGUGUUAGUCCGUCCAGGGCCCCACCGGGGACUGUGGUCUGCAGGAGAAAGGAGAAUAAGGCUGUGUCAGAUGAAGAGAACUCCGAGAUGGAUGCCGAUCCUAGCACCUCGGAGGAUGAAGUGCCCGGAGUACUCAACAUUACGGAUGAGAUGAAGCGUAUGCUCAAUCAAAUACAUUGCUCAGAUAACUCAUUUGUUACUAGGCGGGAGACAUUUGACAUCGAUGAUGACUGUGACAGCCUGAUGUGGGAAGAGAAUGAGGAGACGUUGCUGCUGUGGGAAGACUUCACCAAUUACAAUGUGCCCUUUGCCGUCAGUGCCACGGGUAGCACUCCAGACUGUGGUGGGGCUAGUCAGGAAGCUGGUUCACAGGAUGGCAGCCUAGGCAGCCUUAUUGAUGAGACUGAGUCUCUCUUCAAAACCAGAGAGGAGGAGUACCAGGCAACUAUUGGACAGAUUGAGAUGGAGCUAGCCACAGCGAAGAGUGACAUGAACAGGCACCUGCAUGAGUACAUGGAGAUGUGUAGCAUGAAGAGAGGCCUGGACGUGCAGAUGGAGACAUGCAGGAGAAUGAUUAAGGGGGGCAGGAACUCUCCAUCCUUCAGCUCUGUGGCAAGCAGUGACUCAGGGAACACUGACGAGAUUCACGACGAGUUGGACAAGGACGGAGACACAGAGAGGCCAGCCAGCUGAUACCUGCCCAGCCUGGUCCACACUUCCUUUGCUGAGCUCCUAUCAGCUCCAAAACCUCUCAACAUUAGGCCAGAGGUACUGAGCAGUACCAGUCCAAAGGAUCUCUGAUGAACAGGUCCCAUUUUGAGAAUUCUGUAGGUGCUUUAAGUCUUGGUUUCUUUGGGGUUGUUGCACGGGUGGGGGGGGUUGAAGAGGAGGUUAAAGGUAAAGAGAGGUACUCCCUUGCUACAGGAGCACUUUUAAAAAUGUUACAGUUUCACUGCUGUGCUCUCUUCUUUUGUCUGCUGUAGCUCCACCCAGAGCUUAUAGGGUAACCUGUCAAUCAGGUCAACCUAAACAAUCACAAUCAUCAUUCACCACAGUGUCACAGAGUAGAAAAGCCAAAUCUAUGAAGCCAAGUUCACAGUCUUGCUAGCAAGAGACCACAGUAUUUUACAGUGGUGAAAUAGAAAAAGAGCCAUCUCGCAUGUGUGUACCUUUGAACAUUCAUUAAGAAAACUGUAUAUAGCAGUCAAAGGGUUGUGCAACAGAUUUAUAGGCCAUUUUUGCAGACUCUCUUCACUAAUGGAAACCCAGUGGUGUGUGUGGAAUGCAGCACAGCUCCAGCUGAAUAGUGCUAUCUUCCAGUUCUAUGCAAUCAGUUCGCCUUAUUUCAGGAUGUGUGUUCGUUGUCUGACAUCACUAGCCUUGAUUCCUGGGGCAGACAUUCCUCUUCGUCACACACAGCACUCUUCUCUUCCGCUGAGUAGAAGGAAGUAGGUGGCCUGCACUGUUUACAAGCUCGAAGGGGGAAGAUGUGGAGAUUUAAGUGCCCAUCUUUGGGGCUCUCUGCGAAUACAUGCUGACUAUGCUGUUAUCUGUGUUCAACAUCAACAUUUAUUCCAAUUCUACAAAGCUAUGUGCCUGAAAUUGUGAGGGGCUUUGUUUUGAUGACCUUUUCUGUAUUUGCAUUGCAUUUAGAAAUAAAUGUACUCUGUGUGAAUGUGCUGAUAUAAUUCAUGUUUUGUGGGGGAUUGUUGUUUUUUUUGUUUGGGUUUUUUUUGGUAUUAUUUUAAUGAUUAUUUGGGGACUCAGCUUUUUUUCAGAUUUAAGGUAGAAGUUCUGAUUGUACAAUGGACAGUUUCAUUAGCGCAUAUUACACUACUCCCAAUUACCAGGAUACACAAAUGUAAAUGUAUUAUCUCAAUUAUAAUGAUUUCACUGCUUUCAUUUAUUGUCAGACCAGCACACCACAAAGCAGUCAAUUAUGCCAGCAUGAUGAUGUCAACAACAGCCAAAUGUUUCUCAUUUGGCCAGCAGAGAGCAAUGUUCUAUAAAGAUUCGCUAUUCAAACCCUGUCAGACAACUUGCUGAAGGAAGCCAUUCCAUCAAUGGCCUUUGUGUUUCUAUUACUCUGUGCAAUUGUUUGCUUUAAAAUGUUGGCAAAUUAAUGUACAGUCAUAAAUGUUUACAACUAUUAUUUAAAUGUUAAGAAUAAUUUUUGUUAAAGAUUCAUUUUGUGUGUGAUUUUAUUUGAUAUAUGAUUUAAACACUUUGUUACCAACAAAAGCCCUCUUUCAAAGAAGAAAAAAACAUUUAAAUCAUUACAUGAAUUUGUGAAAAAGAUGCACAAAGCUGCUAAAUACGCUAAUAUAAUAAUAACUCAUAAUAAAUUCACUGGGAAAUGAUGAUGAUGAUGAUGAUGAUGAUGAUAAUAUUAAUUAGCCACUUUGAUUAUAUUGUAUGAUUUUUUUUGAAAAUCAUGUUUGAAAUUUCCUAAAGUAUCAAAUAGAUCAAAGCUUGCUUGAGAAUUUUUUAAAACUUUCCUUUUAUAUUAUGGUCAGGCUGACCAAUUAUUGAUGCUCUUCUUUGGAAAAUUAAACCUGCAUUAACAGAAAUCUUGCAUUUUAGCCUAAACAUUGUCCUCUUUUUAUUGUCUAAUACAAACAGAAUGAGUAUACUGUGUUUCAGACUUCCUUGUUAAUCACUUCCUUUUUAAUCACAAAGAAACAGCAUAAUGGGUUUACUUCAAUUACUAGUUGUAAAACAGACGCUCAUUUUCAACCAGACUUAGUGACAUGGUAGAGGUAAUCAUACUACUGAAUGGCCAUGAGUGCAUAAAGUGCAUUUAUUAAUCUAUAUGGAUAGGCUACUAAUGUGGCUGAAAUUGUAGCAUAAAUGUGGAGAUCAGAAGUUUAAGGAAGUAAAAUAAAAAGCAGAAAAAGUAAAGCCAGAAGCAUCAUUGUAAGUUUAAAAAAGUCCACAAAACCUUGGCAUCCUUUUCUUCACCUUUACUUUGCCUCCUCAGGAUUGCCAUUAACCUCAAGUACUAUCAUUUCAAACUCAGAGCAUAUCAGAAUACCUCAGUUACUGAAUAUGUGGUCAUGUAGAUGCAUCAUCUACAAAGAGCUUUUCCAAAGUAUGUAAUCAAGCUGUCUAAUCAAAAUUAAACCUUUUUGUUUAUGCUUUUCUCUUUUUUGUUAAGAGUGUGCAAGAUUGGUUCUUCUAUAAUUGCUUUACUUUAAUAUAAGUAUCAUGCAGUAUAUUGUUUGUUCACUGCAUUAUAUAUUAUGUUCUUGGGUCUGUAAAACUUUUAGGAGAAUGUGACUGUUUAGGGCAAAUAUUAAGUCAGGGGUCUACAUAUUUUACUUCCUAGCUCUUUGGUUAGAGUGCUUAAUGUGCCUGAUCUGGCAGAUUAAGAAGUUUAAAAAAUGCUACAAUACAAACACUGUUAUGUAGAUAGGGAUUCAUAUACCAUAUAUUACUUUUAACAUUUGCACUCAGCUAUACUUUUCAGUGGAUGGCUUAUGUCUUAAAAUAUAUGUAAUGUUUGGAAAGCUCAUACAUAGAAAUGUCCUUUUAUGUAUUUUUUUCUUUUUCUUUUAAAGUCUUGGAAUACACAUAUAUUUGAAAGUGUGCUUUUGGGGUCAUUGAUUAAAUAUUUGCAUUUGGUGGUGGGAUGUGUAUACAGGUGUUUCCAAAUGAUGAAUGUGAUUGGUGCUGGGGUUAUAAAAAAAAAUAAA